AUGAAUGACCUAUUCUCAAACUCGUUUAGGAAGUACUCAGAAUUCGAGCAACAAGGCUUCAAAAACGAUGUAGAAUCCGGAACAGAAGGCAUGAACCUCGAUAAGUUCUUCGAGGAUGUGGAGAAGGUAAAGGAAGACAUGAAGGAGGUGGAGAAAAUUUACAAGCGCCUCCAAGACCAAAAUGAAGAGUCUAAGGUUGUCCACAAUGCCAAGACUAUGAAGGAGCUUCGUGCACGGAUGGACUCAGAUGUGUCCUUGGUACUAAAAAAAGUGAAGAUUGUCAAGGCAAAACUUGAAGCAUUAGACAAAUCAAAUGUACAAGCUCGUAACGUGCCUGGGUGCGGACCAGGGUCUUCCGCUGAUAGGACCCGUACAUCGGUGGUAAGCGGCCUAGGGAAGAAGCUUAAGGACAUGAUGGAUAACUUCCAAGCUCUAAGAGCAAAAAUGCAAUCCGAAUAUAAAGAAACUAUGGAGAGAAGGUACUUUACUAUCACCGGAGAGAAGGCAGAUGAAACAAUGAUUGAGAACCUUAUUGCAAGUGGAGAGAGUGAAAAUUUCCUUCAGAAGGCGAUACAAGAUCAAGGGAGAGGGCAGAUAUUAGACACAAUAUCAGAGCUUCAAGAAAGGCAUGAUGCUGUUAAAGAGAUUGAGAAGAAUUUGAUUGAACUUCAUCAAGUUUUCCUUGACAUGGCUGCUUUGGUUGAGGCUCAAGGACAACAGCUGAAUAACAUUGAAAGCCAUGUGGCGCAUGCGAGCUCGUUUGUGAGGCGUGGCACUGAGGAACUUGUGGAGGCAAGAGUGCAACAAAAGAACUCAAGGAAGUGGUACUGUUAUGCCAUUUUAGCUGGAAUUGUGCUUAUUUUUGUCCUCGUCUUCCCUUUAUUUAUCAAUAUCAUAUUGCCUCACUUGGUUAGAUAG